AUGGGGUGUUGUUUUGGAACUGCUCUCGGGGAUCUAUCGCAAGCCGCCGAAAAUAAAGUGUGUGGAAGCAAUUUGAGUCUUGUAAACAGAAAUGAUGCAGAUUUCAAAGGGCCGAGGCGAGCGGGAAGUAGAAGAGGGUGGAGGGAGGAAGAGAGAGGGAGAGGAGAGGAGGGUGGAGGGAGGAAGAGAGAGGGAGAGGAGAGGAGGGUGGAGGGAGGAAGAGAGAGGGAGAGGAGGGUAGAGGGAGGAAGAGAGAGGGAGAGAAGAGGAGGGUGGAGGAGGAAGAGAGAGGGAGAGGAGAGGAAGGUGGAGAGAGGAAGAGAGAGUGAAAGCAGAGGAGGUUGGAGAGAGGAAGAUAGAGUAGAGAGGAGAGAAGAGGAAGAGAGAGGAGGGUGGAGGGAGGAAGAGAGAGGGAAAGGAGAAAAGGGUGGAAGGAGGAAGAGAGAAGGAAAGGAGAGGAGGGUGGAAGGAGGAAGAGAGAGGGAAAGAGGAGGAAUGUGGAUGGAAAGAAGAGAGUGGAGGAAGGAAGAGAGAGGGAAAGGAGAGAAGGGUGGAGGGAGGAAGAGAGAGGGAUAG